AUGAAUUUGCAGUGUUUUCUCCAUCUUCGGAUUCUCCUGAGUGCUAUACUGACUGUGACAGCUUUUCACCCUCCACCCAACCAAUUCAGCCACUACUCUGGACCCCCACCACAAUAUGGCUCCCCGAAACCAGCUGCUAGACAUAAAAACUACUGUGCAUUUGUUGUGGAGAAGACUGUUUCAUUCACUGUUCAGGGUGGAGCAACGCCCUUUGUGAAGGGAGAGUACAACAAGUGUGCCUGGGGUCAGAAAUGCCCAGUUCUAAAGUAUCGCAUGUUCUAUAAGCCCACGUACAAAGUGGCAUAUAAGACUCUGACUGAGCUGGAGUGGAAAUGUUGUCCUGGGUAUGCAGGUGUUGGUUGUACUGCAGUCUAUGGAAUGAAAGCAAGGCCUACUUUAAAAGGACCAAUGCCUGCACAGAAGGGUCCUAUGUCAUCUUUUAAAGGGUUAAUGCCUGCGCAGAAGGGUCCUAUGCCAUCUUUUAAAGGGUUAAUGCCUGCGCAGAAGGGUCCUAUGCCUCCUUUCAAAGGACCAAUGCCUGUGCAAAAGGGUCCUAUGUCUUCUUUUAAAGGGACCAUGCCUGUGCAUAAGGGUUCUAUGCCUCCUUUCAAAUGGCCAAUGCCUGCACAGAAGGAUCCUGUGCCUUCAUAUAAAGGGCACAUACAUGCACAUAAGGGUCCUAGACCCUCAUUUAAAAGUCAUAAUCCCUCUCAAAAGAUUCCAAUGCCUUAUUUUAAAGGGCAAAUUCUCCGACCCAGCUACAGCGGGAACCCCUGGAAUGAACCUCAGGCACCAUCUAAUAGCAUGAAUGGAUACCCAGGCCCCAAUGCUGGGCCCACUUUCAGAGACACCUCAUUUGAAGCUUAUCCGGACCAUCAGGGGCCUGAAGUAGAUCAUCCUGAACCAAUGCCAGACCCUGAAGAUCCUGGCCAUGAUCUAAUCCCUGAAGAGCCUGAGCCAAUCACAGACUACCAGGACCCUCAGCCAGAAAACCAUGGCACUAUACCAGAACGCAGUAAGACAGAGCCUGUUCCCAUGGAAAAGACACCCUCUGGUGGAAGUGAAACAAGCCUAGAUCAUGAUGACAACAGAAUUGAAGAUGAACGGCUGGGUAGGCUAGAGGAGGAUGUGCAGAGACUCUCACUUGGUCUUGAGACUCUUCAUAGUACAGUGACAGGCCUGGAGGACAGCUUACGUGCUUCCCUCCGUGAAGAUGCCAAUUGGAUGUUGACUGCACUCAUUUCUGCUGCUCCCAGCCCUAUUGCUGCUCCAUCUCUUUCCAGAGACAAUUCCGUAGGUUUCGGAGAUCUGCCUGGAGGUGCACCGGAUAUUGAAAGUUCAGAUGUGGUGGGGCAGUUCCCAAACCUGGCUGAUUUCGCUGAAAAGUUAUCAGAGCUGCGUGCAGAUCUAGUUGCGAAGACAUAUGAGCUGGCAGAGUUGAGAGGAGUUGUCUUGGUUCACAAUAACACCCUUAAAAGUCUGUCUGAUGGGUCAGUGAACCUGACUCAAGCUGACUUUCAAAAAGUCCUGGAGACACUGGUGGCGUCCAAAAUGAGUGAGUCUCGGGUAGCCAUCCUAGACGGGUUUGAAAAGAGAGUGGAGAGUGCUGAGAAGCGAUGUGAAGGUCGGAUGACAGAGGUGCGACUCCAGUGCAAGGACGAACUUUUGAAUGGAUGGGAUCAGAUUGAACAAGUCCAAGACAUAAGGGCAACACAAUUGAGGACAGAACUUAAAAAACUCCAAGCUCAGCUUCAGGGCUUGGAGUCUGAAGAGAGUUGCUGCAUUGCAGUGUCUGGUCUUACUGAAAGGUUAGUUUAUCUGGAGCAAUCAGUGGGUGGCUUGAAUGAAUCCCAAAUACACCUUUGUGCUGAACUUGGUGGACACAAGGACCAUAUAGAGGAUAUGUUGGAGGGCCGGCUAAGAUAUUUCGAAGACAAGCUGAAGAUUACACCGAACCAAGACAAAGUGAACAUCAGCAAAAGAGUAUCUAGUAACCUGGCGGCACAACUUGAGGGAAAGCUUCAGGCUCUUGAAAAUCGUCUCUUGGCUGCAGUGGAGGAGCUAGGUAAUAUCACUGCACCAACUUUGCUGGAGGGUCAGGCUGUGCCUAUGCUGGAAUCUGAAGUAGAAUCACUCAGAAAAAAAGUGGAGGACAGUUUGGAGCGUGUUCAGGAGCAGCUCAAAUUCAUAGAGGUCCACUGUAUGUCAUUGUGUAUUCCACAACCUAUUCUUACAGGAUAUGCAGCUCCUUUGGCAACUGAAGAGAAAAGAAGUGAGGAGAUCCACAAGAAACUGGAUGGAAAACUUGAUUUACAAGCAGAGAGAUUGAACCGCCUCAACACCACACUAUCCAAUCUUCUCAUCCAAUUAGCGGAGAAACAGGAGGAGGCUAGUCUUCAGGGUGAGGUGACCCUCCUGAAAGUCACUGUAAACUCUGUUAACAGAUCUCUCAGUGGAUUGCAAGAGUCACUUGGUUCUGUGAUCAAAGAAGUGGGCCACACCAACCUCACCUGGCAAGAGAGAGAGAGGCUUGCACAGCAGGUAAAGGGUGUGGUACAGCUAGUGGGAUGGCAGGCAUCUAUGUUGGGCACUGGGGAACGAAGGUUGACCCGUCUGAAAGGGGAAUUCCAGGAUCUACGACGCAGAGUGGCCGGAGAACUCCACGGUUGCCACUCCACUGCCUUGGGUGUCCAGAAGGAGGUGACUGAAGUCGGGGGACGUGUAACCCGUGUGGAGGGUCAAUGUGGAGGCCUGGCACACCUGGCUGAAGACCUGGAAAGAAUUCGAGGACAGCUCGAGAGACAUCCUGAUGGGCAUCUGUCUCAUGUAAAUAGCACACUUGUUAACCAUUCUGACCAGUUGUCCAAGCUCAGACACAGCCUCCAAAACUGCACUGGACAAUCUGGGUUGACCAGGAUAGCAGGGGACAAUUUGUUAGCUACAACACAACAAAGGGCAGAACACCUCACAACAGAGCCAACCCAUCCAAGAGGUGACCAGUUUGCAUUCCCCACACAGAACAGAGGUGACUAGAAAAUGUUAUAAUAUAAAGACUGUUCUCUAACACAUAGUACCACCAACACAUAGUAAACAGUCUAUACUCAUAUAAAACAUACUGUUUCAUAGUAUUAGUCACUCAGGAGACACUUCUCUUUUACCAACAACUGUCAUGAUCAAUGUUGUUGAAUUUCAGUCCAUAGUGCUGCUGUUGUUUUGUAUUUUUCUUUGUGUUAAAUUGUUUGUUUUUAUGUUUCAUGUAACUUUUUUUAUGGUUGAUUGAGACACAAU